CCGGCUCAGCUCGCAUCUCCUCCGCAGUCUCCGCCGCGAGCUCCGGGCGGUGGCGGGCGGCCCCAGGCUCGGGCUGUCCGCGAGGCUCGUGCAGCAGCGCCCCCACCCCGCUCCCUCGCCAGCCUGGGUGACUGCCUGGGGACAUUGGGAUUCCAGGUGAGCAGCGCCCUCAGGGACCGAAUAAGCUUUCCAGGACAAAACAGAAAAACAAAAUGGAAAAUAUGCUAUUUUGGUUGUUAUUUUUCACCCUCGGACGGACCCUCACUGAUGGAUCUGAAAUGGAACAGGAUUUUAUGUGGCACUUGAGAAAAAUACCCCGGCUUGUCAGUGAAAGGACUUUCCAUCUCACCAGCCCCACCUUUGAGGCAGAUGCUAAGAUGGUGUUAAAUAGAGCGUGUGGCAUCGAAUGCCGGAAAGAACUCCCAGCUCCCAGCCUUUCUGAACUGGAACAUUCUCUCGCAUACGAGACUGUCUUUGAGAACGGCACCCGAACCUUGACCACAGUGAAAGUUCAAGGUUUGGUCCUUGAGCCAACUCAAAAUAUCACCACGAGAGGAGCAUCAGUUAGGAGAAGGAGGCAGGUGUAUGGCACAGACAGCAGGUUCAGCAUCUUGGACAAAAGAUUCUUAACCAAUUUCCCUUUCAAUACGGCCGUGAAGCUCUCCACGGGCUGCAGUGGCAUUCUCAUUUCCCCCAAUCACGUUCUGACCGCCGCCCACUGCGUUCAUGAUGGAAAGGACUACAUCAAAGGGACUAAAAAGCUCAGGGUAGGGCUGUUGAAGAUGAGAAAUAAAGGUGGCGGCAAGAAACGCAGGGGUGCUAGGAGGAGCAGGAGAGAAGCAAACGGUGGUGACCAAAGAGAGGGUAGCGAAGAGAAUCUGAAGGAGAGAACCAAGGCUGGAAGAAGAAGAAAGGGGUCUGGCCGGCGUCACAGAGUCGCUGAGGGGCAGCCCUCCUUCCAGUGGACGCGGGUCAAGAAUACCCACAUUCCCAAAGGCUGGGUUAGAGGAGGGAGUGGAGACGCCGCCUUGGACUAUGACUACGCUCUUCUGGAGCUGAAGCGUGCUCACAGAAAGAAGUACAUGGAACUAGGCAUCAGUCCAACCAUAAAGAAGCUGCCGGGCGGAAUGAUCCACUUCUCAGGAUUUGAUCAUGACCGGGCAGAUCAGUUAGUCUACAGGUUUUGUAGCGUGUCCGAUGAAUCCAAUGAUCUCCUCUAUCAAUACUGCGAUGCGGAGUCGGGCUCCACUGGCUCCGGGGUCUAUCUGCGUCUGAAAGAGCCAGACAACAAGAACUGGAAGCGCAAAAUCAUUGCGAUCUAUUCAGGCCACCAGUGGGUGGACGUCCACGGUGUUCAGAAGGACUAUAACGUGGCGGUGCGCAUCACUCCGCUCAAGUUCGCCCAGAUUUGCCUCUGGAUUCACGGAGAUGAUGCCAAGUGUACUUACGGCUAACAGAAAGCCGCGACUAGCUCGCGGAUGAUCUAAAUUGCGGAGAAAACCAGGUCUGAUGAUUGUAGCAAGAUCACUUCAUAGGUUAGGCCUGGACUUGAACCCUAUCAAUAGCAUUUCAACAUUUUUAUGAAUUUACUUUUUCAAAAGUAGGAGAUUUUCAUACAUUUAAAAAGAGUUUAGGAACAGAUAUUGGAACUAGAUGGGCACUUCAGUGCCAAGUAUGUAUUCUUCUUUACAAGAUGGUAAGUGUCAUUUGUGGGAAAAUUCUUGUUUCUUUCUGCCUUCUUAAAAAUUAGACACUCUUUAAAACUUCAAGCUGGUGUUAUAAAUAUUAUGUAAUUUCUGACAUUCUCAGGGUCCCACUCUAAGAAGAAUCUAACAGGAUGCCAGCUGCAUAUUAAAUGUGAAACUGCAUAUACAGUAACAGAUUAGAAUCAGGUUAGAGGCAGUAAUUUACAACACAGAUUGUACUACUCCGAGAUGGACCCAUUCAGCUCAUGCUCUCUGUGUUUAUAUUGUGAUUUCUGUUGGGUCUGAGAAAUUUUAGUAGGUUUAAAAAAAAAAAAGAGAGAAUUACAAGGAACAGCAACUUUAUAAACAAAACUAUCAACUGUUUUACUGCUUUAAAAAAUACCAACUGAAGUAUUAUUUAAAAAUGGGAGAAAUGCUUUGUUCUAUAAAAUAAAUCCAGUUUAAAAAUAGGGAAGCUGAGACAUUUUAAGGUCUUAAGUUUUUAUUUAACUAGUAUUCUGAACAUGGACUUUUCAUGUAUGCAUAGGGAAGAGAGUUCAAAGUUAGAAAUGAUCAUGCAUUGAAAGCCACUUCAUUUUAGGCUAUGCAUUCUCCUAUGUAUGAGGCAUUACAGUUUUAGAUAGGGAAUUCUGUAAUUUUUUUCAAGAGAAGGCCUUUUUUCCCCCUUGACAGAAUUCAGCUUUCUUCAUAGAGCCAUAGGCAUAUUACUUUGAUGAAUUCUCUGAUUAGUAAUUUUAGAUAGGUACUCUCCUAAAAAUGAACAUAAUUUACAAAUAAUAUUUUCAAAAGAAGGUUCUGAUUAUUUUCCUUAGGGACUAAGGCGGUACACUCACUGUGGCCAUCGUGGCCGACAGGGUCCAGCAGCUGCCCAGGGGUAAAACACAGAGUUGGCCCGCAGCACGUAUUUCUUGAAUGAACAGAUAUUUGUUGAAGGGCUCAAAACAGGUCCAGACCAUUACAUUUGAAGGGUUUUAGUGAUCUGCAAUAGAGUGCACCAUAAAAUCCAGGAAUUGAAGGCCGAAUUUCUGGUGUGUUCUUCCUGGCAGUUUCCAGGGCACACAUUCUCUUCUCUCGUGACACACCCAAGUCAUUGAUUCUGCCUGAGUUCAAAUUUAUUUUACUUAUUUUUUAAGAAUGGGAAGUAAUACCCUUGACUAGUAUGCAAAGGAAUAUUUGAUUACAUUAUGAUAAAAAGCAAUUUUGUAAAUGGUGUCCAAAACAGCUGAAAUUCACUAUGUG